AUGCUAACGGGAAAUAAAAAAACAGAGCAAGCAACGCACAUGCUAGGCAGAUACUGCGUACUGACGGGGAGCAAGGGGCAGCACACGCCCCUGCGGGUCGCUCGAGAGGAGAGCCCAGCUGCAGGUUACCACUGUGAGAGGGAUGAGGCUGAAACCCCAUCGGAUCAAGAGGAUGAUGUGGCAAAUGCAGUGAUAAGAGAUGCGGAGGAGUGGAGCGACGAUAGUGAUGAGUGGUGGGUAGCAGGCCGCUAUGACGGGGAGGAAGUGGAUGUGUGGGUGGCAGGUCAAGAUGAGUGA